CUUUGAAGCUUCCCCCUCAGCAUCACAGCUUCUACAAUCUGCAAUUCGUUUUCAAUUGAACUGAACAAACCCAUUCCUUGCUUCCCCAAGCAAACCAUUCUACCCUCUUCGUCAAGAUGGCUGUCCGUCGUUCCUCCUCUGUCUCCGAACCACUGUCCCCUUCUGCAUUGCCAGACCUAGCCGUGCUCCCAAGGCCCCUUGCCGCCGACAAACUGCCUGUCGGCCAACUCGUCUCGAAGAGCUCCAAGCUCAACCCCGCAGGCCUUGAGGACAAGCACUACGACGAUGGCGGCUGUCGUUGGUACAAGGAUGUGAUCCUUCUGUCCAACUCGACUGGCGUUAUCAACGAGUCCCUAGGUGGAACCCACCUCGUGCAGAAGGAGCUAGAUGCAGAUACAUCAGUUGGUACCAUCGAAGCAGAGGAGAUGAUUGUCCGACUUCUCAAGAAUCCAGAGAGUGCGUUGAAGACUAUCCUAGCCGAACAGGAUACAGCCACAUGGAUCAAGGAGCAGGCGGGCCAGAGUGUUGUUGGCUUUGUAACUGCUAUUCGUGAAGUUGUCAAUGCAAGCUACAAGCGUGCGAGACUCUUCGACAUUGGCAAUGGCAAUUACGAGGUCAUUCGAGAGGUCGGUGGCGAAGGAAAGGACGGCAAGAGGAGAGAUUCUGGACUCGACGUCCAGACGGGAAGUAAAAGGGACGUCGUAGGCGUAAUUGUACGCCAGGUCGUUGUCGAAGGCAACGAGAUCAAGCUCGGUAACGAGAUCGGCACCGAGUUCUGGAAUUAAGUCGGUAGCCACCGCGUGCAUUCACGAUGAAUUGCACAUAUUUCCUUCAUAUUUGAUAUUGGGUUGGUGGAGUUUGGUUGGCAAGGCGAACGGUUGGCUACUGCUAUGAUUAUAUGUAAAAUAUCCAAAUACUCUCACAAUUAUUACGAAUCUAACUUAUCUUCUCUAUUUGUUUCGCCUCUCUACUUCUCCAAUCUUCGAAGAGUAGUAGCAACUGGGUGUAUUGUGCCCAUCGUAUUCGAAGUUUGAUCACAUCGGCGCAAAUUACUCUACCCCAGAUGCCCUCCACCACAAACUAAACUACAUUCGCCAUUAGGUGUUUA